AUGCUGAGAAAGGCCGUUACCUCGCACCGUCUAUUUUAUGAUAUCUCUUCCAGGGCAGUACGAUGCCCGUUAUUGUCAAUAUUCAUACCUCUCAUAACGUUCUUCAUUAUAGCAUAUCCAUCACUGUCAUCUAUUUGGCAGACCACUUGGUUGACUUCGUGGUACCUCAGCCGAACGGAUGUGGAAUUUAGUCGUCUGGCGAAGCCUGUUGACUUUUCAUUGACCCAACUCUGGAUCACGCAGGUCGAUGGGGGAAAUAUCUUAGGAAGGGCCUCAAUGUUGGAGGCUCUUGCAAUACAAAGCAGGCUUUUGCAUAAUAUUCCGGAGCAAGAUCACAUAAACUUGGUGCAAUCGCCGUUUCAACUAUGGAACAAUACAAUAGAAAUAUUACACAAAGAUCCUUAUCCCUUGAAGACGCUCAACUCCAAAACUCACACCAUACCGAAAUAUCUUCUAAGAAAGGCACUGAAGGUGAACGGUUAUGUAACAUCUGCGGAGGCGAUCGUCGUUAACAUCUUGGCAUCGAAGGAUAAUCUCGAGAGCUUUAGAUCAUCUCUCGGCAAAAAUAUUGAAGAAUUGAACUUACUUCAAAAUGUGACAGGUUUUCAGGUUUAUGACUCGAUGGACGACAGGGAUGCUUCCCUGGAUAUACUUUUUAACAUAAAUGUCCAACCCAUUAAUUCAUGGGAUUUGAUGGGCAGUGUGGGCCUCUUUUCAGCAUGGGCCACAAAAUUUUACGGAGAUUUCAAGCGAACGGCCCUGGUGAAAUCCAAGGUUGGUAUUUCAGUGGCCAUAGUAGCACAGAUAGUAAUCAGCAUGGCAGUGUCGAACACAGUCACGGCCAUUUUCUUUGGAAACAACGUUCACGUACCUUUGACCCUCAUGUGGUUUCCUGUCGUGGUAAUCACAUCCACGGGCUCUAUUGGAAUGCUUGACCAGACGGCAGGCACGAUCAUCUCCGAAUACUCAUACAUGCAGUCCUCCUCAAACUUUGAAGGUGGUGAUCGGGCCCCUUCCAUGAAUUUUAUUUAUGCUACUGUGAACGCCAACGCUUCGUUUCUGGAUAGAAUUUUAAAGUCGAUCUUGAUUGCUGCACUCCUGUUACCAUUCAGUCGACAGACCACUUUCUUCCUCUCUUUGACAGUCGUAACCUUCUUUGUUCUGCAAGCUACUUCUUUCACCUCCAUCCUGAGCCUAGACUACAGGAGAUUGAAUAGUAAUGAACUACUCUUUUUAAGAGACAGUGAUGAGUCCUUGUCAAAAAUUUUAGAUGAUCAAGAUGACCAUUCCAGCCAGAUCGUUCUCAAACGCAGCAAAGCUACUAAUUUUGGCAGCUUCAUUGGCUUAAGCCUUUAUCCCGAUGGGUUUUGCAUAUUAUAUCAAAUUUUCAUUAUCCAACGAUAUGCCUUGGUUCGCCCAUCUUCAUCAUUGCCAUAUAAGGCCCUCACGGGGAAUAUCUGGGGAUCUAGCACUAUAUCCCAGUCAAGCGCAAUUAGUGGCCUAAAGGGAGAAUUCCUGUCUUGGCUACUUCUCACCACAUAUGGGAGCGGGAGUUAUUCCGUAAUUUGGUCUGUCAAUGAAAUGAUAGUAGCACUGAAAGCAGGCUCUACUCUGAAACAAAACUCUUUGGCUAAAGACUUGAAUAUUUUGCAGACGCCUCUCGUCUCAUCUUAUAGGUUUGAUCUCUACUACCUCUUCGAGUUCAUUGUUAUGAUUGUACUACUGUCUUCUAUGGCCCUCCUUGGUCUUCAACUACUUCUCUAUAGAGUGGAAUGGCCCUUGACAACGGAAGAAAAACAUGGCGGGCGAAAUUUAGUGGCAGAUUCAUGCCCUGAAAAUGAACUUACAGCUCGUAAGGCUAAUGAUGGUUUAACUUUCCAUACCAAAGAGCUGUCCGUUGGCGGACACAGUCUAGAUAUAAUGACCAUUUCGACUUCUGAUUCUCCAUUCGUAAUAUCUGUGGGAAUUGACCGCAAGCUCCUAGUAUGGUCUCCCCUAUCCAGUCCUGUUCCGCUACCUACUGAAAUUCCAUUGCGAAAGCAAUUGUGGCCGGUGCUCAAGAUUGUUACGGGCACUAAUGGUAGUUUUACAGCAAUUUUUGCCAAAAGUGGCUAUAUUUCAUGUUGGUCGAGAACAAGUAUGCGAUUUGUGUGGACCAUUAAGGUGGGGUUUGGACCCGAUGAUCUUUUGGAAGCGUUUUUCCGAAUCAAGACGAAACCAGCGUUCUUGAGUAAAACGACUCCAAGCAGUCGGCUUAACACGAUAUCAAAAAGCGGCGCUGAUGAACUGGUGCCUAAAGCACUUAAGAGGCGAGAUAGCAAUGUUUCCAUAUCCUCUAGGAAAUCUUCGUCCUCUGUAUCUCAGGCUUACGCUGCCCAGUAUAGCGAUAGGGCUGCAGUCGUUAAUGCCGAGGCAGAGGAGAACUUAGAGCUCGUUUUUGUGACUUCAGACGGUAACAUAACAAGCGUGGACAUUCGGGGCGCAGUGAAUACUUCUAAAGUAUGCCAGUCGACGCUUCCUCUCUCCUCUUGCAAGAAACUAACCACUCCAAGGGUUAACGACAGACUUGUAAUUUGUGACAGUAAGGGCAAUGUAUACAUUUCCACUGUCGUGAACAAUAGAUGGAGGCCCCGCAAACUUGUCCUGGUCAGAAAUUCGUUCAAUAGGGGCCAAAAAUUGAUGACACCUGCAACCCUAAUGGAUAAUAACCUUCAAGAACGGUCAGCUAAUACAGACGAACCUGCUAAAGAAGAUAUUGUCAUCUCCACGCGUCUUAUUCCGUUUGUAGGUUUGCUGUUGUUGGCCAAAGCUCAUGAUGCAGAAUUGGUCGAUGCGCAAACUGGAACCGUCAUAAAAAACUUUAAAAUCUCGAAUUACAGCCCAGUAACACUUCGUGUAUUUCAUGACGAACCAACGCAUUGUAAAUUUUGCGGUAGUGCUUCAGUUGCAUCUUUGUCAAUUGCUUACAAUGAGCACUGUUCUUCAACCUUAGUUAUGAGGACUUUUAAACCGGAAAGUCGUACUAAAACAAGCAUAUGCCUGCGUGUAGAGAGAGACCCCAGAGAAAUUCGUUGUCUCGGUCUAGAUUCUGUAAUAGAACGAAAGCAUAUCCUCGAAGACGUCGACAAAUGGGAUGCAACGGAUAACAACAUGAUUAUCGGUCUCAAACGAAAACAGAAAAAACGGCCUGAUAGUGUGAUAUCCAAGACGAUGGUCAGAAGUGCUUCUGAGGACAUGAAGCUAGGUGAUAAUCGUUUGAGGAAUCGGAUCGAAAGUAGGAUUAUGAAACCAUCAAAAUCCUUGGAAUAUAACAUUCAUGACAUCUGGGAGGGUUGGACAAUGACUGUCAACGGUACAGUAACGUAUUAUCAAAUUCCUGUCGGUGAAAGUGGGCUGCUCACAAAUAGAAUAGGCCCAGUGGAAAAGUUUGGCGCUAAAUCACUUGUGGUUGGCUUCGGUAACGUUAUGAAAGUAUUUUACUUGGGCCACGAGGAGCUAAUUUUGGCGCCCGAUGGUGCAUCUAAUGAAGAGGAGUCUGGCUUGAAGUUUGUAAAUAAGCGGAGACAGCGGCUCAACGAAAAAAAGGUUUCAAUCAACUAUGGCCAAAUAUGA